GAGAGAUUUGAUGUGGAUUUUGACUUGCGGAAGAUUUAAUUCCUGCCAAUCUGCUCCAAACCCCUUAAAAUCCUGUGGAACCAAACAAGCCCUUAGGGAUUCCGUACCGAGAAAAUGAAAUGAAAUCACCCUGGAUGGAUCUCCGCUUCUCCGGUCUUCAAAUCCACUCCACGGUCCACGCCACGCCAGUCCGCUGGAGGUGGAAGGAUGACGCGACGCUUCUUUUAUACAGCGCCGGCAAACGGAGGCCUGGGCGGUCGCCGGAUUCAGGAGCCGGCGGGAGGAACGGGUGAGCUGGGGGGAAGGGGAUUCUCCCUCAGCGCCAUCAUCAGCGCGGAAGAGGAGAACGACGAGUGAGGUGUGGGCUGCGGCCCGUGAGUGGCGGCCAGGCACCCACGACGAGCCGGCGGCGACGCCUCUAGCUAGCAGGUGAGCUCGGAGGCGAUCUCGGGCUACGGCUGCGCGGCGUCAGCGCAUCGAGGGAGGACGGAGAUCCCCGCGCAGACGCGCUUGGGCGGCGCCGUCGUGCUGCGACGGGGGGCGGAGGAUGCGGCCAGCCAGGUUCACGCCUCAAUCUCACCUCUCAGGCCUCCAAUAAUUUGCAUCAGUCCACCGCUUCAUAUUUCCUGGAUUGUUCUGUAUGAUCCCCUCUCUCCGGUUCACCUUCCAAGCGUGAUGUCUAUGCUUGAUUGAAGCAAUGAGGAUCUUGCUCCGGGCGUGCCGCCAUUGCUGCAGGCUGCCAUUUUUCUCUCGGGCUGCCGGAGCUGCCUUCACUGCAAAUUGCGGCGGGGGUCCAUGGAGGCGGCAUCGCGUUCUAGCUGUGCAGUGUCUUCCCAUGAGAACAACUGCCGGCUCGAUUCUGCCAUGGGAAGCGCCAUCCCGUGUAACUCUACUGAGGACGAUCGAUGUUGCUCUCAAGGAUGGCAAUGUCGACCAGGCGCUGCGAGCAUUUGGCAAUUAUAAAAGCCUGCAUGGCCUUCCCGAGCCAAGGGUAUUGAAUGGUGUGAUUGUGUCACUGUCGUACACAUCUAGUCGAAGGUGGCUUCAGAGAGCGUAUGACUUGGUUCUGUCAGUUUAUCAGUGUAACGGCAAUCUUCUCAACUCUAGCUCGCUGACAAGGCUAGCUCUGGCACUUGCAAGAGAUCAGACACCUGUCCCUGCCUCUGCAGUCCUUAGGAUCAUACUGGAGAGCGGCAAGCUUCCUGACGCUGAUAUGUUGAGCAUGGUGUUUUUGCACAUGUUGAAGUCACAAGUAGGAUCCUAUCUUGCAGCUGAUGUUCUGGCUGAGACCUGCGAGUGUUUCUUGGAUCAAAUUUCAGAUAGGCGACAGCUGAAAAAAUUGGACCCAAUAAAGAACAAUGUCACCUUGUUCAAUAUGAUUUUGGAGUCUUGUGUUAACUUCAAAUGCAUCAUCACAGCCCAGAAAAUAAUGGAGCUGAUGUCAUUGGUCGGGGUUGUGGCUGAUGUGAAUACAAUGGCGGUCGCUAGCCGGGUCUGUCAAAUGGUUGGGCAGCGAGAUGAAUUGAUGACCAUGAAAGGAAGCAUCAAUUCUUUCUCCUCUUUGCCAUUCUCUCAGCAAUAUCUACAUUUUUACGACAGUUUAUUGAGCUUGCAAUUCAGUGGUAAUGACAUGGAUGCUGCUGCAGAUCUUAUAAUCGAUCUGUAUCGGCAACAAAAGUCAUGCACUUUCUCCGACAAUGAUGUGCAGAAACAAGGUGUGAUACAAAUUGGCUCUGGUAACCUAAAAAGUGGAUACAGAAUAAUGUUUGACCCCACAAAAUUGGACAAAGGUUUUGUGUUAGAUACAAAAUACCAGUCUGGACUUGUUGUUCCUAUCAGUGGAAAUCUUGUUCCUAGUGAAAAGGCUGUUGCUAAACUUAUCGUAGGCUGUGUGAAAGCAAAGAAACUGGGUGCAUUGUCUAGCUUCUGUAUUACAUUGCAUAAGGAAGAACUAAAGGGAAUUUCUGCUUCAGAUGUGAUUAAUGCAUGCAUUCAGAUGGGAUGGUUGCAUGCCUCUCAUGAUAUCCUGGAUGCUUUAGAGUCAGCUGAGAUUCCAGUCGGGGUUGGUACUUGCAUGUCUCUUCUCAGAGAAUACGAGAAUAAUCAUAAACCCGAAGAAUUCAAUUCGCUUCUCCAACAGAUACAGAAAAUAACAUCUACCAUGGCGGAAUUUCAUACUAGUCCAUCAUUUACCAUAAAGGACAUUGCCAAAAUAGUCAAGGAUGAGAUCCCCCAAACUAAAUCAUCUUUGCUUUCCAGUUUGGUUGAAGAAACUGAACACUAUAACCCUGGAGACCACUUAACCUUUGAGUUCAAUAAUUCAAUUCUUUUCUUCUGCAAGGCAAACAUGAUGGAAGAUGCUCUGGGCACAUAUAAACGCAUGAGAGAGCAAAAUAUUAGACCCAAUCUGCAUACCUUUUGCCAUAUACUGUGUGGAUAUUCGUCAUUAAGCAUGUAUAGGGAGAUUACCAUACUGUGGGGAGAAAUAAAACGCAGACACGAGUACAGAGAAAUAUCUGUGGAUAGGGAUUUGCUUGACUGCUUAGUUUUGGAUUUCCUGAAAGGUGGCUAUUUUUCAAGGGUGAUGGAGGUUAUAAGUUACAUGUCAACCCAUAAUAUUUACUGCGACAAGUGGAAAUAUAGGCAGGUCUUUCUGAAGCUGCACAAGAAUCUGUAUAGGAACUUGAAUUCAUUGCAUGACAAAACAGAAGCUCAGAGCAAAAGGAUUGAUGAUGUCCGAGCUUUCAGGACAUGGGCAGGCAUCAAAUAGAUAAAGCCGAGUACAGUGCUGUAAUUCUCUUGCUUUUUGGAAACACUUUCUGUUGCAUAGCCCAGCAGUGCAGCAUUCUUCUCCAAUGUAACAUAUCAUCAAAGUCUGGUAAUUCUAGAGAGUGGAUCACAUUUGAAUUGGGCAAACCGUUGGAGGGAGAAGUCUCUAUUUUCAUAAAUUGUGACACUAUGCUGCAACCUAUGUGGGUUGUGCCCAGUAUGCUCUAUUCAUGUCCCUGAUGAUCAAUUGUGUUGAUGCAUGGUUAUCACUGCUCGCGGUAGCAGCAGCUUCUGUGGCAGUAUGAUGCACAUAUGAAUUUGUACGAUAUCUCGAAUUUAUGUAGGUGUGCUGUGGUCCAACAAGUUUUGAACCUUUGAUGUGUAGGAUCAUGUUGGCACUGCUCGGUUAUAUUUGGAGUAUAAGGAUGCCGUGGUCGAUUUCCAGCCUCUUAGUUACAGCAUGCUUGGUCAUUUCAAGCCAACCCUACCAGAUUAUUCUCAGCAACUUGCUCUUUCAGCAGAGAAACGCAGCAGUCGCUCUUUUGCAGUCAGUGUAGGAGAUGUUCUGGGUGGCAAGAGCUCUUAAGUUUUUGCAGUUAGUUCUGUAGUUGAGUGUUUGACUACUUACUGACAGAUGUUCAGAUCUUAGCAAGAGAUGUGUCAUUGCUACCAGUUCGGUGUGCUGUUUAAGCACUUGUUGAUUCUGUUGCUGGAACCGACGAGUUUCAGGUGUAGUUUUGCCUUAGGCUGCAUGGUGCGGCCUUGUGGAAUUUAUGAAUGUGCGAGCAAGGGAUUCUCCUUCAGGUGCAUGGUUUGGUUUUCAGGUUGCUGUUGCUGUGAGAAAUUGAUCCGCGCAGCAGCACUGAUUCCUCGCUUUCGUGGAGGUAAACCGACCGUUUUUCAAUGCAAAACAGCAAAGAUCAGCCAAACCCUAGGGUUGCUAGGGCUAGGCAGAAGCUACGAGCUAGGUGCUGGAAAGAAAAGAACAUAGGAGAAAAAGUAACGUAAGGUUGUGAAAGGAUCGAUUGGGUUUUUCAAUCGGCCAUAUACCCACAUAUAUAAAGGUAUGCCUGGUUUUUGGCAAAUUGGAGUUGGACUCCUGACGUGCUGUUUCCUUGGCACAUAAGCCAAAAGGCUUUUCCUAAUCUUUCUGUAAAAGCAUCAGCCUGGGCCCAAUACUAGUAGACUUUUCAUA